CGUUAAGAUGAGAGCCCCCAGGAGAACAGACAGCUGUGACCAAACAGGAAAGCCUUCCAGGCGGAUGAGGGGGUGGGGAUGUAAUGGGAAAGGCUGCAGGACUUGAAGGUUUGCAGAAACGCCAUGAGGCCUUGCAGACCCACACCACGAAAGAGUGAGAGUUAGGGGAGGGCAUGAGCCACAAAGCAAGGCUCAAAGUUGGAAAGCCGUUCUCCACCUCUCUGGGUCUCAGUAGCAAGAAGUCUGGAUGCUUCUUUCAUACGCUAGCUUAAUAUCGUCUGCAUGACCAGAGAGAAAUGUGGUGCACGGAGACCCAGAACACACUGCUUAACGUUGCUAGCCACUGUAUGUACCGAGGUCCGGACACUAUUUGUCAGUGGUCUGCCUCUGGACAUCAAACCCCGGGAGCUCUACCUGCUCUUCAGACCAUUCAAGGGCUAUGAGGGGUCUCUUAUAAAGCUUACAUCUAAACAGCCCGUAGGUUUUGUCAGUUUCGACAGUCGUUCUGAAGCGGAAGCUGCCAAGAACGCUUUGAACGGCAUCCGCUUCGAUCCUGAAAUCCCGCAGACACUACGACUAGAAUUUGCUAAGGCGAACACGAAGAUGGCCAAGAACAAACUCGUAGGGACUCCAAACCCCAGUACUCCUUUGCCCAACACUGUACCUCAGUUCAUUGCCAGAGAGCCAUAUGCGCUGGCUCCCUCCCUCCGAGGCUACUUCUCAGGGUUGGAAGUCCCGGCAGUUCUGCUGAAGGCUGUGUUUGAAAACGCCUUGUCCAGUUUUGAUCCCUUCAAGACUUUGCCACAGCCUCUAUCACACAUCUGUUUUCCUCAAAGACAAAAAAUAUAUAAUAAUAAAAUGUGUUUUACUCUUUUACACUGUAUAAUUUUAAGAAAUAUGUGUUAUUUGUGAAUGCAUGGUCUGAAAUUUCUGUACAGUUUGGAGACAUACUCAGAACAAAGACAACAGUAAAGCCAAGACGGUUAGUAUUUUUCUAACAGACAUUUUAAGAAUGGAGGGAUGAGUUCUUACACUAGGUUAGAUCACUUUUGCGCUUGAUUUUUGAAUGCUUUUAAUGACGUUUAUCUUGUUUUUCUUCUACAAUGAGCUGCAUGUUUGAGGCAUGUCUCUGACUAGCAUCGAGAUUUCCACAAUUGUGUUGUGAAUGUGGACUCCAUCUGCCUGGCCCAGAGUCAGGGCACAUUAGUAACGUGGUGUAGAAAUGAGUUCGGCAAGACAAUCAAAGCCCCGGAGUAUCUGCUGUCAUAGUAUAUUCACAUCUGGGCAAAGACUACUACUUAGGUCAUGUCUCCUGAGCACAGUGUACCAUCUGGUUUCAUGGUGGCUCUGGCUGCCACGAUACAAACUAUGCCAAGUGAGGUAUUGCCAUUUUAUACUUGUAUUUAUUAUAUUCUUACUGUUCAUGAUAGCACCCUCGGAGUGUGGGACCUAAUAUAUCACCCACCUUCCA